AUGGAUUCCACAGCAGCCUAUGCCUCCCUGGUGAAAGAUGUUAAUUUGUUUGAGCUCACAAUAAACUAUCAUCCAUGUCAGCUGUUGCUCAUUGGAGAUGAAGCUUCCCCAGUGCUGGUGAGCAUCAAUGGGCAAGUUCUAAUUGCAGCAUCUUGUUAUGGGAAGGGCCGGAUGGUGGUUGUUUCCCAUGAGGGAAUCUUGGAGGACUCCAAGUUUUCCCAGUCCCUCAGAAAUGCUGUGGAGUGGCUCAAGCCUUCCCCCAAGGCUCUGGUUGGGGUCCAUCCUCCUUUGGAUUCGCUGCUGCUCAAGACUGUCACAAAAGUACAGGCUGGGGCAGAGCUCAGCCCCUCCCCGGGGGUGUAUUGUAUGGAUGCUUGUGGCAGCACACAGGUGGAAGACGUGAUUAGCUUUGUAAAGGAGGGUGAAGGGCUGCUUGUUGGUGGCCAGGCCUUGCACUGGGCUAGUCACCACAGCAAGGAGAAGGUGGUGUUUGAAUUUCCUGGGAACCAGGUGACCUGUACUGGUGUGUACUUCACAGGCUGCAAGGGAGAGACUGGCACUUUCUCAGUUUCUAAAGAAAUGCCAAGAAUUACUCUGGUCACCCAGUUAGAAGAAUAUACAGCUUCAUCUCUGUCACAGAGCUAUGUUCAGACAAGGAUAAUAGACCAUGUCAUGAUAACAAGACUCAGUUCUGGCUAUGCUGCAGAGCUGAAGCAGUCUCCCUUGGUAGGAAAGAAGUUUAAAGUUGAAAAAAACACCAUGGAAGUCUCUAGUCUGUGGGGUGGCCUCAUAUAUAUCGUAGUGCCAAAGGAGAGCACAUUAGGCCAAAUAUCAGUCACGAUUAAAGAGGCUGUGCAGGCUCCGUUCUUCAGGCUUGGGAAGUGGUCCCAAAACCAAACUUCACCCAUCCAUCAGUACCCAGCCCCCUGGGCUGAGCUGGCCACAGAGAACAUCAUCCUGACAGUACUAGCUGCUGAUGUACAUCACAUGGACAACCCAGAGAGUCUGCUUUCCACCUGGAACAAGGUGAUGAAUGCAACAGCCAGACUGGCAGCCAUCCCAGCAACUUUUCCAAGGCCGGAGAGGAUGGUGGCAGAUGUCCAGAUAUCUCAUGGCUGGAUGCAUGCUGGCUGCCCAGUCACACAUCAUUUGGAGUCAGUGACAGAGAUGGUAAAUGUGCAGUCGCUCCAAGCCAAUAGGCUUUGGGGUGCCAUUCAUGAGCUGGGCCACAAUCAGCAGCAAUCUGAAUGGCAGUUUCCCCCUCACAGCACUGAAGCCACCUGCAACCUCCAGUGUGCCUAUUUCAAUGAGACUGUGUUGGGCAUCUCAAGAGAUAAGGCCCACUUGCGCUAUGUCACGCCCCACUCAGGAGAGAGGAUGAUUCAAGAUUACCUUGAAAAUGGAGCACAGCUGAAGGACUGGGAAGUAUUUACUGACCUGGAGACACACCUGCAGAGUGAAUGUUACAGAAUUCUUGAUCUUGCUGUUAAGGCCACUUACACGCACGUCAAGGGACAGCAGCGACAGAGUCAGAGGCUCUCUGCAACUCCUCCAGAUCUCAUGGGCCAUAGCUGA